AUGGCGUACUCUAGUGGUUCUAUGUUUAUAUACCUGGCCAUUCUGAACGCCUCGAAGAAGGGGCACAUGUCUUGCCUGCUAGAUACCAUGGCUCACGAUAUCGCAUACUCAAGCAGCAUGUAUGGACUCACACACGGCAUACACAGCAACGUCUACACGCAAAUGGGCUCUCAAUCAUUCGUCACCUUUGGAUUUCGUUCCAGCGACGGGCUCAAUCUACGAAUCACUACCAUCAAUCCGUGGGGCCAUUUUCGGAGCUCGGCUGGCAGUCUGAGCAAUCACGUCCUGUCUUUCUAUCUCCAACGAAUCCUCGCGGAAGAUCGGCAAAAGAGCAGUCAUUUCAAGUAUACCCGGUGCCUUCUAAAAUAG